GGCCCACGCUAGUAUAUCCUUGCCCCUUUCCAUCCACCUGACCUCACGAGUCCCCUCUCCUCUUCCUCCUCUUGCCCUAAUCCCCUCCCGCAUCUCCCCCCGGCUCGGCGGCGGCGGCCGGCUCACCAGCGGUACCAGCAGCAAUGGGGAGGUACAGCCCUUCAUACCAUAGCCCGCCAAGGAGAGGACAUGGUGGCAGGGGGAGAAGCCCACCGCCUAGGAGAGGGUACGGUGGCGGAGGCGGUGGUGGCCGUGGAGGGCGCGGUGACCAAGGUUCUGUUAGCCUCCUGGUCCGCAACAUUCCGCUGAGAUGCAGGCCUGAGGAGCUUCGAGUCCCUUUUGAAAGGUUCGGUCCUGUUAGGGACGUUUACCUGCCAAGAGAUUAUCACACUGGGGAGCCAAGGGGGUUUGGAUUUGUGGAGUUUGUUGAUGCUUAUGAUGCUUCUGAGGCGCAAUACCACAUGAACCGCCAGAUGUUUUCUGGGCGUGAGAUCACUGUUGUUCUUGCUGCGGAUACACGGAAAAGGCCUGAGGAAAUGCGUAGACGAAUGGGGCCAAGAGGUUAUUCUGAUCAUGAAGGGCGUCGAUCUUCUCGCCGUGGACGUUCUCGUUCAUACUCACGUUCACGCUCUCCGCGCCCCAGAGGACGUGCUAGAUCCCGGUCAUACUCUCCUGCCCCCAGGAGGCGUGAUGACUACUCUGCUUCCCCACCACGGGCAAAGGAAGAGCACAGGAGGUCAUCGAAGCAGCCUAAAGAACACGAUGGCGAUAAGAAACGGAGAUCGUAUACACCUGAGGAUAGGAAUGAUCGCCUUGGUGCAGACAAUGGUCAUGAUGAGAGGAAGAGGUCUCCAGGCGCAGCAGCAGAGGAGGACGAGGAGCCUCGUCGCGGGCGCCGCAGGUCACCCAGGCUGGCGUCGGUGUCGCCCCCAGGGUCGCGGUCGAGGUCUGCGUCACCAGCCAGCAGCGGCUGAUGUGAAACGGUCGGGUGCUACUAAAUAGGCAGGCGUUGUUUGUAGCUUCCCUUAUUUAUUUUUCGCCAAAGUGUAUCGCGUCGUCUCAUCUGUGUGAGGGAUGGUUAAAGGUUAGCAAGUAGCCGCCGUUAGAAGUUGUGGGGUUUGUUGCCGAGAAUGAUGGGUGGAUGGAUCGAAGGUAGGGUGGAAAGAGGCGAGAAGGGUGGAACAGUAUGAUAAGAGAGUGAGACGUGUUUUGUUGUUUGUGGAGUGAGGGAGCGAGUUGAUAAGCUAGCUGUUUGGUGUCGUGCACUGCUGUUGUUUUUAAGUUGAUUGAUUGAUGGCACA